CGUGUGUGGUGUGCAGUCAUUUAUAGAUAAGAACAGUAAACAAUUUUUGAUCUUCGUCAAACAUUUUUUUAUUUUUCGUACUGCAGUCAGCAAUAAGCGUUCUUUACGAUCAGUUCGAAUCACAAUAAAAGUAAUAAUUAUGGUCGGUACUCGUUCAUCGUUAUUUUAUCUGCUCUGUGCGAUCCUGAUUUUUUCAAUCAGCGGUUCAAAAGUGUUAAGCAACGUUGAAAAUCAACUACGAAAAAAUGCCCACGAAUUCGGACUUGCAGCGAAUGUUGUGGGUCACGCAGUUAACGACGAAGAAACAGAAGAGUAUCCAUUUGAAAAAGCAUACUAUUCGUAUAAAAUACAAUCUAAUGAGUUGUCUAAAGAUAUGCGAUUAGAACCGCCAAUUGAUUAUGUAACACCCGAAAACUACAGUUUGGUGUUGGAACCAAUCGUUCAUUUUUGUCAUCAUGUAGAUAAGAGUAUUAUUAAAAAAUUUUCUGCAUUCGGAUCGAAAAACAAGGUGUACAUCAGCAUCGACGACGAUUUGAGAGAUAUAUCAACCAAUGACUCGACCAUUGUAUAUAAACUUAAGGCAAUAAAAAAUGUUGAUUUAACUACGGUUGGUGGUUCUACGACUGUACUCAUCAGAAUUGUUGAAUUUCUACCCAUGCCUGACACUGUACUAGCGUUUGAAGAACCUAGUUAUUCUUUAAAGUUGGCUUAUGGUCACAAAGGGAAAGUUUACAAAUUUAAGACCAUCAAAACCACACACAAAGCAAAAGAAAAAAACACGGAUUUGGAAUUUGAAAAACAACCAGUAAAUGAUAAAUAUUUUUCGAAAAAUGAAUACUCCUUCAAGGGCAAUUACAGUUUAGAAUACGUACCUGAACAACUUUUAACAAAACUGAGGGUUAGUGAUGACGGUGAAUUGGAGGUUUUAGGAAAUAUCGAUGAAGGACACUACAAUUUUGACAUCGUAGCAGUGGAUUUUGGUCCUAAUUCUACUACCGUUUUAAAAGCUACAUCCAAAGUUAAUAUGUUUAUUGAUAAUAUAGCGGUAUGUAGUUCAGACACAUUUAAAUUUAUCAGAGCUUUCAGUAAACACUAUAUAACCGAAGAGACUACAUUAAUAACAGCUGUUCCGGGUAUUGAGUCGAGCGGUCAAUGUAGAUUUGCAAUAACACAUCAAUAUCCAUUUGGAACGAACGCGGACUUCUUCUCCAUCGACAAACUAACAGGUGUCGUGCACUUGAAAAGCCCCAUCGAUCGGGAAGCAUACCCAUUCGAAGACAUGGAAGAACCGUCCGCGUACCUGAGACUAAAAGUCCAAUGUUCACCGGGUGAAAAAUUGCCGACCACUCAGCCUUUACACCUGUCCGAAGUGGACAACAUCGUGUACGAUCCGACUACCACGUUGGUGCAGUUGGUCAUCAUGGACAUCAACGACAACGUGCCGGUGUUCCCCGAAAAGCACAUAGUCGUCGGAUAUCCCGUGAUGGACGUGGCCAACACCAUUAUUCCCAAACACCUCCUGCAGGUCAAGGCGACAGACAAGGACGCAGGAAAACACGGCAAAAUACAAUACUCGCUAAGAGGAGACGACGCUAACGACUUUAUCAUUAACUCGGAGACCGGAAUAAUAUAUUGUACGAGUCUGGUGGACGAUAGCACUGCGAAUAAAACAUUUGAAGUGGUGGCCAAAGACAAUGACGGAAAAUCCGAUGGAACAGAAUCUACUAUGACUAUUACCGUGAAGUUCCUGACGUUCUCGGACAUAGUCCGGGUGAGUGUACAAUUCAGCUCCACCGAAGAUCACACAGCUGUAGAAUCACAGCUGUCCGAAAUAUCGGGCGUCAGAGUAAUGUCACUCACGAACGACGUAAUCAACACGUAUUUGGACGGGGAGUGGCGCACCGAGAGGGUGUUGACCGUGUACGGAGUGAACAACACGGAUGGUUCGGUGGUGUCGGCAUCGGAAUUGGAAAAGAAUCUAGACCACAACGCCAAAGUUUUGGGUGUUACUCAAUUUUACAAUACGAACUCUGACAAUGAAACGAGUACCGUAAUGUCCUUAGUGUACGCAGCGAUGUUUUUCUUGAUGCUGUCCAUGGUAGCCGUGGGUCUGCUAUAUUUUGGAUACGUCAAGAACGGCCGUUAUUUGUCAUGUAUUUCCAGUCCGUCUACAACACCGCUGAAAGACGAUAUCGAAAACAUGAGUCAGAGUAACUGGAUUACGACUUUCAACAGAACCAACCUAACGUCUAACAGAGUGCGAUUCCCGGGAAACAUUAACUCCGAGGCGGUGCCAUGUAGAUCCAAAAUCACGGACAACGCGACAGUCAUCGUGGAGAACAGCCUGUACGAGGCCAUACCGCCUAAAGGAGCCGCUGUCUUGGCCGUGAAUAAUAAUUCUUCAAUUGUUAAGCUCGAUUCUAAGGUUUCCUUCGAAGACGACUUGAUAAAAUUAGAAAAAAUGGACGAGACAUUUUCGCCCACGGACGAAUUAUCUUUUAAUUAUUAAUUUUCGACUUCCGGUGGUAAAACAAUCACUUUAGUCGAUAUCGAAACCGGUCCCGCUUCGACGUUUACCUUUUUUUUUCCAGACAAGCACACUUCGCACACAGAUUUCUAUAAUACCUACCUAUUAUCUAUUAUAUAGGUACUUGUUAAUAUGAUAAUUGUAUAUUAUUCUUAAAUAAGUUUACAAGACCUUACAAUACUUUUAUUUUUACACAUGUUUUAGUCGUUCAAAAGUCACCUUGAAUAUUGAUAAGUCCUUGCCCAAUACUGUUUUAUGUUUACUCGGAAGCUCAUUCAAUCUUAUUAAACAGCAUACAAUAUC